AGAGAUCCUGGGAGUGAGAGGGAGAGAGAGGGAGCAAGAAAGGAAGAGAGAGAGAGCGAGAGAGAGAGAGAGCGAAUAAGCGAAUAAGAGAGAGAGUAAGAGAGAGAGAAGAAGAAGAAGAGGAAGAAGAGGAGGCGGCGACAGCGGAGGAGGAGGAGGACUAGUGUGGGGUGGAAAGGAAGAGUGAGCGAGAGCAAGUUAAGGGGAGGGGGUGUAAGAGCCAACGGAUUCUUUUUCUUUUUCUAUUAUUAUUUUGACGACUCCUGAGUUGCGCCCAUGCUCUUGUCAGCUUCGUUUUAGGCGUAGCAUGGCCAGGCAGAAGAAAAUGGGGCAAAACGUGCUCCGGGCGGUCUUCUUUUUAGUCCUGGGGCUUUUGGGUCAUUCUCACGGAGGAUUCCCCAACACCAUCAGCAUAGGUGGACUUUUCAUGAGAAACACAGUGCAGGAGCACAGCGCUUUCCGCUUUGCCGUGCAGUUAUACAACACCAACCAGAACACCACCGAGAAGCCCUUCCAUUUGAAUUACCAUGUAGAUCACUUGGAUUCCUCCAAUAGUUUUUCUGUGACAAAUGCUUCUCCUACUGAAAGGGACUAUCUGCCUUGGCCAGGAAGCAUCAGGGAAAACAAUUGGACAGCUCUGCCACACUGCAAAGAUCAUGGGCUGCUGCACCUAAAAUGUUCACCAGGAGGGGCCCGCCAAAAUUGGGCCUCUUGUGUCUGCAGUAAGUGCCCAUAGUUUGAAAUCAGCAAAGUGGAAGGAAAGGGGAAAGAAUCUUGUUCACCAAGUCCUGUUAUGCCACAAAAAAGAUCUCCCCACUCUGGAAGCUUGAAAGGAACAAAUUCCGGGCAAGUCAAAGUCAAGCCUACUUUACACAGUGGGAAGUAAACAUAUGGAAUCCCCUAGCCCAGAGUUGGUGCCAGCUGAAAAUAUAAAUACUGUCAGAUAAGGUUCAAUACAUGUAUGACUGUUAAGGCAAUGAUAGGUUAUUAAAGGAAAAGAGGCUGUUUGGGGACAUGUUAAAUCUCUGAGCUCAAAAUUAGUGAGGACAAGCAGAUCCUCUGACAGCCUCAGUGAAUGAGUCCUGAAGAUAUACAUGAUCUCAGAACUGUGACUGUGUUCUCCAAUUAAGCUAGGAAAAAAUAAAGAUGUGGUAUUUAGGGCUUCUUGGCUCAAACUGAGAUGCUAAAAUCUCUGGUUUGCUCAGAGUUAAAUUCUUCAAUACAUAUAAGGGAAGUAAUGCGUUAUGGGAAAAAAAAAAAAACAACCCUAGAUUCCUCCCUUUGCCCUGCUGCUACUAACUAGCUAGGAGACUGUCCCUUAUUUAGGCCUCACCUUUUCCCAUUUGUAAAAUAAGGGAAUUAGAUUAGGUGACUUCCAAGGUCCUUUCUAGCUUCAACUACGUUUAAUUCAAAUGAUAUUAUGGGGUUCCCUUGAAGGGUUUGGAGCAGGGGAGAUCCUGCAUCUUUCCUUGCCCUCCCUUGCUCAGGAACUCAGAGUCUUCAAGAUGUUUGAAAGAUGCCCCUGAUUCUACCAAGAUGUUUCCUUCAAGUCUGGCCUCCACAGCAGACGUCCAUGCUCUGAAAUUUAUAUCUCAUGGCCUAUUCCCUGACUCCUCAAGCUCCCAAUUGCCUUGUAAAGAGGUAGAACUGGUUAGAUACAGGGGUUUGUUUUGUUCAGUGUGGUAGCAAGGUUGGAGAAAGUUUGGGCUCCAAUAUUAGAGGCAGCAUUGUAUGGGCUUUAAAGCUAGAGCUAGCCCGGGUUAGAAUUCUGGUUCUGCCACUUCUGUGCUCAUCUAUAGAACUUGUCUCAUCUAUAGAAUUACAGUGACAAUACUGUCUUCCCUCUAGGGCGAUUGUCAGGAUUAAAUGACAGAAUUCGUAUCAAAUCCUCAGCAUAAUGCCUGUCAUAAAGUAAAUGCUGCCAUCUUUUUCUGUUCUCCACUAAAUAGAUGUUGAGUUAAAAAUUAAAACCAAUAAAUCAAUAAAUAUUGAGCUAAUAAUCAAGGCUCAACUUUUAAGUUGUGGCGAAUUAUUUGGAGUCUCAGGGCCCCCAUGUUUUGAUAGCUAUAAUGGCAUAUUUACAGUUUAUCAGGGGCAUUCUGGAAACUGCACAAGCCAAUGAGAGAACUAUUUCUGGUGGAUAGCAUUUAAUUUUGCAAUAACCCUGCAAAUCACACUACUUAGACGAGUGCUACUUUGACCAUCUCAUGGAACCAGUGCAGCCUGUGGGGAUCCUGCAGGGAGGCUGACAGAAAGGGAAGUUCCAAAAGGUGACCCCUUGAUGUGGCUCAUCCAUUCAUAGUGCUGAGCAAUAUUUUACCUUUCCUGUUCAAAGUGUUAUAGGUGAACUGUAAGAUGAGAAUAAGAUCACAAGUCAGCACUACCUCCUCCCUUCUUGAGUUCUCAACUGACUAAGCAUCAUGGAGAGAGAACAAAGAAAGAAGUUCAGCCUGGGUGUGUGAAGCUGUAAAGUUGCAGGUUGAGGCCAAACCUAUUUUAGAGACAAAAGGAACUGUCCUCUGAAGAUAAAAUAAAAAGAUGAAGCUGAGAUGGGACAGGAUCAAAGUUGACUAAAUAUCAAGAGAGGUUAAUAAAGGAACAUUAAUUUAUUCCUCAAAUCCUAUGUUCAGUUGUGUGGGUGUAUGUUUCUUAACGCACUACCAGUUGAUUAUUAUUAUGAAUGUCAACUUUGACCUGGAAAUCCCAUAGCUCAUCUUACACAGGUUGCCUAAAGAUAAUUUCUCUUCUUAGGCUUUUCUGAGUAAGAAGCCCUCAACCUUUGGUGGAAAGACCUCAGUAAUUAAUUGGAAACAUGUAUGAACAUAAAUAUGGCUUAAGAGUUUAGUGGAUCAGGUAAGGAAGUCAAGAGAUGGAGAUGAUCCCUAAAGGUGUGUACCAGGUCCAGUGUGAGGGAGGGUGAGAGAGAUGGUGACUUGCAGUGAUUGGUGGCAGUUUACUGGGAGCAUCCGGUAGAAAAUCUAAUACAUAAUAAGGUAGGUCAGGCUGAUAGUAUUACUAUGCCCAUUUUACAGUUUAAAGAAACAGGCUCAAAGGAGUUAAAGUGUUUUUCCCAGUAAGUGGCUGGGGUGAGACUCAAACCUUAGUCUAAUCUUGUGCUCCUUCCAUGCAACAUGCUGUCUCCACUUAACUAGCAUUAUAAUGGAAUGAGUUGUUCUAAGCUAAUUUUCCAGAUAUUUGAAGCACACAUCUUUCAGCAGUACAAGUGCUAUUUUUAUUUUAACCAUUUUUGAAGAAAAAACUUUCUACAAUGCAUCAAACACCUCCACACCUUAUUAUGCAGAAGAUACCGAUUACUGUGCUUUUAAUUUUCUGUCUAUUUCCAUAGCCUUCUAUCUCUUUUCCCACUGUAGCUGACAAUGUUCAGUACUUCCUAGGCUACUGAAGAUAGAUAGCAUAUUAGAAAUGAAGCACUCCUAAAAGCAGAUAUACUAAAAUGUGACAGCCGACAAUAAGGGAAUACCAUGCAGAAUCACCAACUAUAAAAGCACAACAGUCUGGGAUUAAUUCAGGUAGGGGCAAAUAGACCCAAGAGGCCAAGUAACCUCAUGGACAACAAACUCGGUACCGGAGCUGGAGUUGCCAGUAAAGACCCUGAAUCAUCCAUAGAAAAUUGAAUUCUGUUCAUUCUACUACACUGGUAUACUGUGGGGAAGGGGUCAUAUAUGAGGUCCAUCCCAGCUGGGAGGAGUAUUUUUCCACUGAUAUUUAGAAAUGCCUGUGCAUAUGAUAAUUAAAAAGCAAGUAGACAGUUUAUUACUGUCUUUUAAAUUCUCUACACACUACCCUUUUACUGUUUGCACCCCAGACAGACCACUCCUACUGCUCCUGCGUUGGUAUACCAGUGUUUUACUGUGUUUAAAAGGAUGGUAGUGGGGGAGGGAUUCCACUUUAGAAAGAUUUCUAUCUCAAAUGGCUCAAGAGUUAGUAUGUCUAAAGGGGUAAAUGUUUACUGAUCUGGAAAACAUAACUCAUGUAAGAAGCGUGGCAAAUUGUUGUGUGUUUAGCCUGUCACUUCUCUUUCCUUGUUCCACCUGUAAUUUCAAAGGAAAAAAAAUAACGCUACAAGCAAAUCCUUCAUAGAAUGCCAUCCUAUUGGCCUGCUGCAAGUACUUGGAUCUUUUCAAAUUCCAAUCAGAAUGGGCUGUGCUUUGCCUUCUCCAUCUCUGUCUCCUCUGACCCGGCAAAGUUUCCCAUCUUUUAUCCUGUCACUUAGCUAAUGGUGUGUGUCCCUCUUGCAUAUAUUCCAUAGUCACCGGCUUCUUUUGCUAGUAGAGUCGUCAGCGAGAUGCUCGGCAGAUGGCUCACUGGCUGCCGUUCUUGUCCCCUCACUGCAGCAAUCUGUUGUUCUAAAUCAAAAUGUUAAUGAAAAAUAAAAGAACGCAGUGCCAAUGUCUGUCUGAUUUAAAUUAAUACAGAGUCAUACCUUUGGAGGCAGGUUUUACUGGCACGAGGUUCUCCAUACAGGCUACCCAUAUUGUGUGUGGCUUUUUUUUCCCUCUCUAAUUAAAAUUAAGCACUUUCAUUUAUCUGAGUCUCUGUUGGUACCCACAACCUGUUCUUUUUAAUAAUAGCAAAGGCCUAACAAACAGUGGAUUUCAGUGUUCCAAGGAAUGGCAUCUCACCUAGUGGAAUGUAAUUUUUAGAGAUAUUAUAUGUGAUUUCUAAUUAUAAACAUGCUUUCAUUAGAUUCUGUUUUCAAUACUGAAAUGACACAUUUACUAAAUGCUUCAAGUGCAGCUCUAAGUUAGGCAUAUAGUUAUUGAAAUCUCUUUCAAUCCAUUUGUUUUAAAACUGCUGGCAAAAUCACUGCUAAUUUGCUACUUUAUUUACAAGGGCCCUUCACUUUCUAUGUACUCAGCACAGUAUUCAUUUCUGUUGCAGCAACAGGACUGCUCCCCUCUUUGGGGAAAAUGUAUGUGUCUGCAAGAUUGACUAUGCAAGACAAAAUUUUAACUUCAAUUUAGAGAUGAAGGGACUACGGUGAUGUUAACAGACAUGGUGGAGGAAAAUCACCUUAGUAUUAUAAUUUGCAAAAAAAAGGCUCUGAACCAAAAGAACGGCACUUUCAACUGAUUCCAGAAGAUCACACCUUUCAUUUGUUCUUCCUAUGACUCCUUUGUAGAUACUGCUAGGAAUAGUAUUGAGAAUAAUAAGAGUUAACAUAGUGCUUCUUACAUACCAGGCAUCCUUCUAAGUGAUUUACAUUUAUUUAUUAUUUCAAUCAUCAAAAUUCUGUGACUUAGGUCUAUUUCACAGAUGAGGAUUCUGGGGCAUAGAGAAGUUAAGUCACUUGCCCAGUCACAUAACUGGUAAGUGACAGAGCAAGGGAUGAACACAGCCUGGCUCCAGAGCCUUCUCUUUUAACCAAUAUACCAUUCUAUAACGUGCUGAAAGGGCCAUGAAAUCCAGCCUACUUGAAUGUAAGCUAUUGUUUUCUUUCAGAUUCGGCAAAGGAGAUUCUCUUUGCUGAAACUGCUGUGUAAAAAUCAGACUUCUACUUCAGUGGGGCUUGCUCCUUGUUAAAUGUAUGUGCUAUUUGCAUGUGUCACCGCCAUUAAGAUUAAGGUGAGUCAGGUAAAUUAAGCUGAGGCAGCAGGCAGGCAAGCAGGACAAAAGCCUGGGUUUUCAGGUGGGAAGUGGGGUGUUAGUCAUUAGGUCAGUCAUCUCAGGGCCACCUAACAGUUCUGACAAGAGAAGACCAAAAGAGGUAAGGCCUACAAAGCCCAAAUUUGAACCAGUCAAGUAGGUAGGGACUCCCUCCUGGGACACAACAGGUCAGGUCACCUGGCUUCAAACUCAGUACUUCUUCCUACCUACAGGCAGGGCCAACACACAAACCAAACACUAUUGAAGAUCAGCCUUCCUCCUGCUGCUCAGAAGCCAGCUCAACUGGAAAAGCAGACAAUAGAAGACGGUUAUCUCUAAUUAAAUAUAUGCAUCCCAGAAUAAAUUUACUGGGGUAUCACGUUAUUCAAAAGAAAAAGCCCCCAGUAGAAUGGGGCUGAGUAGAGAGGCAGUCAUUUCCCUUGCUAAAGCUCACUUUGGUGGUUACAUUUUUCUGGCCUUACCAGGGACUAAAUGAAAAUAUGAGUUUUGAAAAGAAUAUUACAAGACAGCAGGAUAGGUUAAACAGAACCCUGGGCUGGGAGCCAGUUGUCCUGGGUUCCAGCCCCAACUCUGUUUCCAACAAACCAUGCCUUCUCUGGGUUUCAGUUAGGUCCUUUGUAAAAUGAAAAGAUCCUGUGAGGGCCUUUCUAACAUUAAAUAAUUUCUGAUUUUAGCCACCUCCCCCAACCACCACUUUUUAAUGAAAGAUGAUCCUUCCUACAGAAACAAGGAAACUCAGAGGAUGAUUUGACCAAAUGAAGCAAAGAUGUGAGCUAUUUUGGGGUGUUUCCAAGGAGGCAACUGAAACCAUUGAAGUCACAAUGUAGAUUUCUUUUUGGCCUGAUCUCUCCCAGUUGAUAUCACUAGGUAAUUGCUCACCCCUCUGAGUCAUUGAAUCAUAGGCUGAUUGAAUCUCUGGGAAAUAAAGGACCUUUCCCACCUACCCUCAGAGAUGGACUCCCUUUCUCCAAACACAGCUAGUCUAAAUAGUGGGACAUGUCUGUUUUAUAAAGCCUGUGUAUACACAGGUGCUGCUUACAUGAUAACAUGUCUGCUUUAUAAAGCCUGUGUGUACACAGGCGCUGCUUACCUGACUGGAUGUCACAGGUCAUUGGACCCUUUGACUCCUAUUUCCAAAUAGCUCUCACUCCUACUCACUGAUACCAGAGCAUCUUUAACAGAGGGACUUUCAUUCUCCACUGAAAAUAUAUGAUAUAAAUUCCCUUUGAAGAGGUGGCACUGUCUAAAUUGAUAAUGCAAUGCAUGCAACUCUAUAGCAGAUCCCAUCAUGAGAGCAGAUUUCAAUAGAAAAGGAGCCCAAAGACAUGGAAUUCUUGAAGAGAGUGAAACAGGUUUCAGUGAGAGGUGAAAAUUAUAUAGAAUGGGAAGACAGGAAGGGUGGAGGCCCUAAAGUGAUAGUCUAAUAGAAUGUGUAACAACCUGGAAUCAGACUUGGGUUUACAGCUCAACUCUGCCAUGUAACUAACCAUAUUAGCUUGUGCAAGUCUCAACCUCCCUGAAUCUAAGUUUCCCAAACUGUAACACAGGGAUAAUAAUAUCUACUACAUAAGGCUGUUGAUAAUUAAAUGAGAUAAUCAUUCAAAGGCAUAAUGACAGUAUGCUUGAUUUAAGUACAUUUUCAGCCCCAAAUCUGCAAUGUUGUCAUAGUUUGAUGGCCUUUGAUGCGUCUGUUCUUGGUUAUGCCUGUGCAACACUCGUGAAUAUGAAUAAUAUUGAUGACUAUGUCGGAAGCCACCAGUACAAAUUUUAACUCUCUUACUCAUCUAUGCAACUAACUACACAACUGAUUCUAGUACCAGCCAAGAUAUCAAUUGUCAAGCAACCAAAAUGCCCACCUAGACUUUGAUCGAGAUUUGCAAGCACAAAGAGAUCAGCUCCGUGAUCGUAAUUUCAGAGGAGCUCAUAUUUUCAAGCCUGUCCCAAUUUAGCCCAAUUGAUAGAACUUCAAGGUGGUUUCCCUAAUUAAUUAGCUCCAACCAGGAGUAAAUAUGUAUGGUGGCUUUUUGAAAAAUAUUCCCAAGGUAUAUUUCAACUUAUUAUGGGAGAAAAAGGUUAAUAAAUGGAAUGGUAAGGUUUCAGCAUGAAUUUCAGGUUGUGUGUGGGGGAGGUACUGAGUCCAUAUGCUUGUCAAAAAUAAUGACAGAUAGAUUAGGGGUUGCCUCUGAACAUACUGUUAGAUAGCCCUGAAGCCCCCGACUUCUACACUAUUAAUAGCUUAAACACUGUCAAGUUUGGAGUUGGGUUUUACCGUGUUUUUGUUUGUUUGUUAUCUCUAGGAGAUGUUGUUGGUUUGGAGAGGCUCAUCAACUCCAUGAUUUAUUAUUUUCUAUCAGGGAAACAUGAAAGUUUGGGGUCCAGUAUUGUCUUCCUUUUCAAAAACAUGCACAAAGCUCCAUAUUAAAAAAAAAAAAAUAGUUUCAACCUGCUCCUUUUUUUUUUGCCAUCCUCCUUUUGCUUCCUAAAUCCCCUAAUCUGAGAUUUGUGUGAGUUGCCUUUAUUUCCUAUCCCACAUUCUGUUCCUAACUCCUACACUCUGUUUCUAUUCUCACUAAUCUACCAACAUUUCUCUUUUGAGUUCACCAGUGAUCUUGCCAAAUCCAAGAGCUGUUUUUCAAUUGUUUAUCUUCCUCAGUCUCUUUGAUGUAUUUGACACACUAGUUUUAUCCACUGAAAGUAUCUCUUGACUUAGCUUCUGCUGACACUUCACUUUUUUGAUUCUUCUCUGAUUUUUCAUCUAAUUCCCUUUUUGCCUGUAACAUUAGGCAAAAAUGUUCUCCUUCUCCUUUCCGGGCAUGAGUUUCUUCCUCAGUAAAAUAAAGGGUUUAGACAGGGUAAUAUCUAAUGUCCCUUUCAUAUAAAACAUUCUAUGGCUCUGAGAGUCAGUGAGUUACUUGACUUUAACAUGUUGUCAUGUUUUUGGGUUUUUUUUGCUUUGUUUUGUUUUUUGGUUU